AAGAAUCAGAUGAUUUCGAAGAGAAUUUGCCCGUUCGUUUGAAGGGUUAUCGUCCUUUGUUUCGCUUUUCUGAAUGUCGUCCGUGUCAGAAUUUUCCUUGUCUUUUAUGAGAGUUGCCCUGAAGAAGAAUUGUUCUCCGGGUGCUUUUGGCUAUGUAGGAUUUCUUGAUCAUUGAUCAUUCCAUUGUGAACUUUUGGUUGACCGUUUUGAAUCUGUUUUUUUCAGUUAAAAGAUCCUGGAAACAUGUGUUACACAGAAAUAACUUGCUGUUGCAGCUACAUGGUCCUAGAGGGACAAGGAUGUCUAUGUCUUCAGGAACUUGUGAUCAUGCCUUUGUUAGGAGAGAAGAUGCUUAUCGCUUGACUACUUUUCUUGUAUCUGUAUGUGUAAGCUGAUAUGGAAUCACCUGUGCAAGCCAGCUUCUGAGGCUUUUACUUAAAAGCCUCAUUAUUCGAUUAUCUGGCAUGUCUUUCUCUGGCUGAUUCACAAUCCUGAUGAUACAUUUGUGUGUGUAUGUAUAUAUACACCUCGAUACAGUUUCUGCACAACUGAUGCAUCUAUGUCAUAUUCCUAUGUCUCCAACAUAGAAAACACUCCUCCUUUCUUUCAAGAGUAUCAUCCUGUCUCUUCAUGUUGGGAACAAGAGCAGCUACAUUGUUUUCAAGCUUCUUUGUGUCAUUAUAAAAUAUGGAUAUCAGAGGAAUAACCUGGGUUGGGAAUGUGUACCAGAAGUUUGAAGCCAUGUGCUUGGAGGUUGAAGAAAUUAUUGUCCAGGAUACAGUAAAGUAUGUUGAGAACCAAGUUCAGACGGUUGGAGCCACCGUCAAGAAAUUCUACUCAGAUGUGGUCCAAGACUUUUGUCCCGAAUCCUCUCUAGAUUCGGGAAAAUCUCCGCCCCCUUCUAUGUUACAUGAAUAUGCUCCAGUUUGUUCCUUCACAAAGAGAAAAGAGAGCACAGAUGGAGAAGAGGCCACGGAUAUUCAGAAAGAACAGUUAACCAAGGACGACACAUGGGUUAUCCGUGAUCAGGCGAAGAGGAAUGGGUCAGCAAUGAAACUCCGUGGUCGUCACGCAGAUGAUUACAGUGUCUGUACUUCUCCAUGGCGGUUUAAUAAUGGCAGCGGUCUGUACAGAAGAACAAAGCUCGGUGCCAAACAAAUCUUUCAAAAAGAGAAGUUUCCAGAGGUCAAGAGGCCUUACGUAGUUGAAAAAGAUUCAAGUUUAUCAACGGUUAAGGUGCCACGUGAAAAGGAUCUUGACGUGGAAACAGUAAGAUCAAAUGAUUCUCCAGCUGAAGUUGAAAGAUUCAUCUCGAGAGAGCCAAGUCAUAAUAAAGAUGAUGGAGACGGAAACGAACACAGUUUUACCGUAGUCAAUUCCAUCAGAAGUCAGAAUUCUGAAACUGAACAAGCUGUUGCUUCCAGCUUACCUACAGGCUCAGAUGAUUGCACAAUGGAAACAAAUGAAGGUUCAUUGGACAUAGGCCGUGUUUCAGAGCGGAACACAGAACUCAUUCAAUUACAUAGCCAAAGACCUGUUGAAGAAAGCUGUAUCCUUGUGGACAGAAACGAAAUACGUUGCCUUGCUCCUCACGGCAAGAAACAUGGCAAAACCAAAUCCUACAAGAAGAUCAGAGACGCUGUAUAUUCAAGAAUGAGGUCAUCCAGAGAACAAGAAUACGAGCAACUUGUGAAUCAGUGGCACGCCAAAGAUGCCGAAACCGGUGCAGAAUGCAGCGAUAUCCGGACAAAAUUGGGAUUCGGUACGGUAGAUAACUGGUCAUUGGUUCACCAUGAUAGGGAAUCCGAUUGGGAACUUGUGUGAAAGCCUUGCGCGUGACAUAAGUUGGACUUUGUAAAUAACACGUAAUCUAAAUGGAGCAUGGAUAUGGUAAGGACCCGUUAAAGGGUUCACACAACAAUGAGUUAGAGAUCAUUGAAUUUGGGCUUUUUAUGCGAGUUGGAGAAAAAAAAAUCCCAUCACAUAACAUGUGGGUGUAUCAUAACUGAUGAUAUUUGAAGCUGGUUGGAUCAUGAGUUUCAUCCCAGGUUGUCCAGAAGAACCCUUCUCCAUCUGUGGAACUGCGACCUGUUGUUGAGGCUGUCAACCAGCUUAGUGGCGGUGGAAGUGAGUCUCUCUCUCUCUGUCGUUUAAAUCUCGGGCUUUGUGCGAAAUGGAUGACGAUGAUCUCUGCCUUUAAGCUUAUGAAAGUACAAGGCUUGACUAUAUCAUCACGUGAAAAUCCAUCUGCAGAAAUAUAGGACUGGCAGAAGAACCGUGAGAAGAUUCAGGAUUCACCCAUGCAUCAUUGAUUGUUCGAUGAUGACGAUGACGAGGAGAGGGCAGUUUGUUCGAUGAUGACGAUGACGAGGAGAGGGCAGUUAUGGCGGUGGUGGUGAAAGAGCCGGAAACCGAGAGAGUCCAUCCUGUCGAUGGGUGCCGCACUUCAUACGAUUUUCUCUCUCUCUUUCUUUCCUCUAUCUACAUUUGCAUGCUUGCAGUUCAUAGAUUUUGACCACAAUAAAAUAUGAACAAGGGUAUGGAUUA